AUGGGUUUCAGUCAGUACGAUCUGGGAUUGCAAGAUGACGGGGCGUGCUCAAGCUCCUCGCCGGCGCCGAAGAAUAUCACGGAGAAAAACAGGAGGAAGAGGCUCAAUGAGACCCUCUACAACCUCCGCAGCGUCGUGCCCAACAUCUCCAAGGUAGGAAAGAUCGUGAAAGUUUUAUGCCUUGGGGGGGUGCUGUGCCUGAUCGCUCGGCCAUGGACGCCCAGAUGGACAAGAUUUCGGUCGUGAAGGAUGCGAUCAAUUACAUCCAGAAGCUGCAAGAGGACGAGAGGAGGAUUCUCGCCGCCGCUGCGCCGCCGCCGGAGGAGAGGAAGAAGAAGAAGAAGAUGAAGGCAGCGAGCCGGAGGGACCCCAACGCGCCUCCCUCCAUUGAGGUCCUGGAGGUGGGCUGUGGGAGCUUCUCCUUCCCUACUCUCUCUCUCUCUCUCUCUCCCUAUUCCUCUCCCUCCCCUCUCCCUCCCCUCUCUCUCUCUCUCUCUCUCUCUCUCUCUCUCUCUCCCUAUUCCUCUCCCUCUCUUUCUCCCUCUCUCUGUGGGCCGCUGUGAAUUGGUUGAUAUCCUCGGCCGCGGAGCAGAUGCAGGUGACCGAUAUAACAGAGGAGAUGUCGUUUGUGAGCAUCCGGUGCCAGAAGAGGAAGCACACCAUGAGCAAGGUCUGUGAGGCUUUCAAAUCUCUCGACCUCGACAUACUCUCCGCCAAUAUGACAUCCCACUCCGAUCAUCUUCUCCACAACCUCCUCGUAAAGGUCUCUCUCUCUCUCUCUCUCUCUCUCUCUCUCUCUCUCUCUCUCUCUGUGAUUAUCUGUGGUGAUGGCUUGAAUUUAAUCCUCAGACGGAUGGGGCGGCGAGAGCUCAGCUGAAGGAGAAUAUCGAAAUGGCGAUCGCGGAGGUCAAUUGA